CGGCGGGCGGCGGGCGGCGGCGGUGGGUUGCGUGUCGCCUUGCCGGGCCUCGUCUCCAGUCCCGCCCCGCAGCGCCCCGCCCCUCCGCCCGCGAGGGCCGCAGCGGCGCGACCACGGAACCUCAGUCCCCGGGCCAGGCUGGGGCGGCCGGCCCGGAACCGCCAGAUGAGGUCCGGUGUCUCCAGGGAUGGUGAAGUUGCUCAGAGGUUCCUUUAGCCCUGCUCCGGGAUGAACCACCUGCCAGGAGACAUGGACAGCACUCUCACUGGGAGCCAGAGCUCCCACGCCUCCCUGCACAAUGUCCACUCCAUCAACCCCACGCAGCUCAUGGCCAGGAUCGAGUCCUACGAAGGAAGGGAAAAGAAAGGCAUAUCUGACGUCAGGAGGACUUUCUGCUUGUUUGUCACCUUUGACCUCUUGUUUGUAACAUUACUGUGGAUAAUAGAGUUAAAUGUGAAUGGAGGCAUUGAGAACACACUGGAGAAGGAGGUGGUGCAGUACGACUACUACUCUUCUUAUUUUGAUAUAUUUCUUUUGGCAGUUUUUCGAUUUAAAGUGUUAAUUCUUGCAUAUGCCGUGUGCAGACUGCGUCACUGGUGGGCAAUCGCGUUGACGACAGCAGUGACCAGUGCCUUUUUAUUAGCAAAAGUGAUCCUCUCAAAGCUUUUCUCUCAAGGGGCGUUUGGCUACGUGCUGCCCAUCAUUUCAUUCAUCCUUGCCUGGAUCGAGACGUGGUUCCUGGAUUUCAAAGUCUUACCUCAAGAAGCAGAAGAAGAAAACAGAUUCCUGAUAGUCCAGGAUGCUUCCGAGAGGGCAGCUCUUAUACCUGCUGGUCUUUCUGAUGGUCAGUUUUAUUCUCCUCCUGAAUCUGAAGCAGGAUCUGAAGAAGAAGCUGAAGCAAAGCAGGGCAGUGAAAAGCCACUUUUAGAACUAUGAGGACUACUUUUGUGAAACCCACUGUCAGUGUAAGACUUGAUGAAAGAGCAGAUGGAAUGUCGCGCUACAUCUCAACUUCCUUGUCUUCACUCCUUUGUAAGUGUGAAGAACCCUUCUUGAUAUUCAUCCAAAGGAGAAGAGACUGGACAUGGGAUCUUCCUUUGGAAAGUUGAGAAGGUCACAUCCAAUGCUGGCUUGAAUGAACAGCUAGGAAGGAGUUACUUUAUUUCUGAUACCUCACGGACAUUGUACCAUACCCUCCCACAUUUAGUUGCUUGCCUGUGGCCAGUGAGGUGACAUAACGGUCCAUCCAUCUUCAGUGAAACUGAGUCUGACCUGUUAAUAAUUGAGGAAAAGUCUCAUGCUGUAUUUCUAAUCGAAAAACUUCUCAAUAUACUGAAAUAACACAUUUUUAGUCAGCAAAAUGCCUUUUUAUUUCAAAUCACACAAUGGAAAUUUUUGUUUGUCUUGUGUCUCAGAUUUGUGUGUGUUUUUGUAAUACUCUGCCUUUCCUUUGUGUGUUUUUUUAACUCAUGCACAUGUGCUCUUUGUACAAUUUUCAAAAGUAAUAAAAACCAACAUAUCAAAAGGAUUUGUUGUGUUUCUCUCAUUUCUUAGUCUCUGUUUGACCUGCGUUGGAUUUAUGGGAAGCAGUCAAGGAGGAAUUGUAAAUACUC